AUGGGACCUCCGCAACCCGAUCUCAGUUCCAGUCGGAAUGCCAACGCGUCCGCUGAUUCCUCUAACGAUGAAUCAGCCACUUCGUCCCCGGGUGUCAAGAGUCCCAUGGACUCUCCUCUCCAUGAAAGCUCCAACGCACUAGAUCAGCCUACAGAGGAUAUUUUGCCCAGAGAUCAGCAGCAGAAAACAGCCACCUAUGACUAUGCCUAUGAGAAGUCAAUGAGUCACGCCGAGGCAAGACUCUUCUAUCAACAUCAUCAGCUAGCCGCGCGGAACGACACCACCCUACCUUUGAGCCCAGUGGCCCCAGCCCGCUCAGCAGUCGAAUCACACCCCGAAGAGCCACCGGCUAGCAUUACGGAUCUGAUGAAUACUCAAGGCCAGCUCUCUCGCGAGGGAUCUAUGGUCCUUGAAUCCGAACCCUCGGCACUCCGCCUGCAAUCCGCCAGUGAGCCUGGUCCUUCUGCGUCUCAUUACCUUGAAGAUGACCAGGAUGAGGCGAACGAUUCUGCCCGAAACCAGGCGGCGCUUCUGGGUGCUGUCCAUGGGCAGGGACCAUACUCGGCGGCGGACACUCUACAAAGCGCCGGGGUGGGGAUCGGAGGCCCGCAGGUUGCUAGCGGAUUUGCGUCUAGCGGUGAUGCUGUGACGUCUGAGCUGAAUGUUAUCUAUUGCAAAAUCAAGAAAUUACUUGAUCGGCGAUCCCAGUACAUGGAUCUUUCUUUGCAGGCACCCGGAAAUGAUCCUAAGGACCAACCGGACUGGCAGAUCUAUCCUCCGCCUCCAGAACCAGCGUGGGAUGAUGGCAAAGAAUAUCAACCCGGUAGCCUCGGUGGCCCUUCUGACCUUGCAGGAAAGAAGAGGAAAAUGGGCCAGGACAUUGGGGAGGAUUUUGACAUGGAAGAAUUGAUGCCUCUGCCCAAAGAGUCGCCCUGGACAUAUAGGCUGGAUGGCAACAGCGUAUAUCAGGUCUUUGAUUCCGAGGCUUCUGCUGAGCAGCAGACACCUAUUGUUCGGAUCCCCUCGUUGCGCGAUUUCUAUAUGGAUCUGGACGCCGUUGUGGAUGUGUCGACCGACGGACCUGCUAAAAGCUUUGCGUUUAAGCGGUUGUCGUACUUGGAGGGCAAAUUCCAAUUGUAUACGUUGCUCAAUGAAUACCAGGAGAUGGCUGACAGCAAGAAGGUCCCUCACAGGGACUUCUAUAACGUGCGCAAAGUGGACACACAUGUUCACCAUUCGGCAUGCAUGAACCAGAAACAUCUUCUUCGCUUCAUCAAGAGCAAGAUGAGAAAGUCUCCGGACGAAGUUGUCCUUUUCCGAGACGGAAAACAUCUGACCUUAAGGGAGGUCUUUGAGAGUAUCAACUUGACUGCUUAUGACCUGAGCAUUGAUACUCUGGAUAUGCACGCACACACCGACUCCUUCCACCGAUUUGACAAAUUCAACUUGAAAUAUAAUCCGGUUGGAGAAUCCCGACUGCGUGAAAUUUUCCUCAAAACAGACAAUUACAUCAAAGGUCGCUACCUCGCAGAGAUUACCAAGGAAGUAAUCUCAGACUUGGAGUCUAGCAAAUACCAAAUGGUGGAAUGGCGUAUCUCGAUCUACGGUCGUUCCCUUCAGGAAUGGGACAAGCUUGCGGCCUGGGUAGUGGACAAUAAGUUGUUCUCGCCUAAUGUUCGCUGGCUCAUUCAGGUGCCUCGUCUCUAUGAUGUCUACAAAGCAAGCGGCAUGAUGGAGAACUUUGAACAAGUCAUCACCAAUGUCUUCCAGCCCCUGUUUGAAGUGACCAAAGAUCCUUCUAGUCAUCCAAAACUCCACAUCUUCCUUCAGCGAGUGGUUGGAUUCGACAGUGUGGAUGACGAAAGCAAACCCGAGCGCCGGCUGUACAGAAAGUAUCCCAUUCCCCGGGAGUGGAGCACCAAGCAGAAUCCGCCUUACACUUACUGGCUAUACUUCAUGUUCGCCAAUAUCGCCUCCCUCAACAACUGGAGGAAACGCCGAGGAUUCAACACCUUUGUUCUACGCCCUCAUUGCGGAGAGGCAGGCGAUCCGGAUCAUCUGGCUGUCGGCUUCCUCUGCUGCCACAGCAUCAGUCAUGGUAUCUUGCUGCGCAAGGUACCUCUACUGCAAUACCUUUACUAUCUGGAUCAGAUCGGCAUUGCCAUGUCACCACUCAGUAACAACGCUUUGUUCCUCACAUACGAUAAGAACCCCUGCGCUACCUUCUUCAAGCGAGGACUCAAUGUGUCUUUGUCCACCGAUGAUCCAUUGCAGUUUGCAUUCACAAAGGAGCCUCUCAUUGAGGAAUAUUCAGUCGCCGCACAGAUCUACAAAUUCAGCGCAGUCGACAUGUGCGAACUGGCAAAACAUUCUGUUGACCAAAGUGGAUUUGAGCUCUCCCUUAAAGAAAGAUGGCUCGGCUCGAAUUGUUCCAUGCCUGGAGUCUCUGGCAAUAAUGUUGCAAAGAGCAAUGUACCAGAUAUUCGUGAGGCAUUCCGGCACGAGACUUUGCUCGGAGAGUUGUCCUUGAUCGAGCGAUAUUCCGAAGGCAAUGUGACCGGGGAGCAGAAGAGCUUGGCCCCAAGCCCACCAGGGGCAGCGGUGCCCUCGAAUCAUGAUCACCAUACAUCUAACCUCGAGUCCCAAUCUGAGCUGAGUUCAAGUGCAGCUGACACUACAGAUGCCUUACCCAGCGAGACCCAUGGUACCAAUCAGAUGGCUACCUCCCCUUCGACGCCAUCGACGUACCUAGCUCGAUCACCUCGCCUUGGGACGGGUGAAUUCUCGUCGCCCGGCGGCAACCCUGCCCUCGGAACAGGGGUUGGGGGACCAGACGGUCUGCCAGAGCAGAAGAUUUUCCCGGGCAUCGUUCACGAGAGGGUGCGAAAGGGAAAUAUGCAAUAG